GAACGGCCUGUACAAUGGCAUCCCGGGGAAAGCAAUCAGCUUUGGAUAUGUGCUGGAUCCACAUGGGCAUGUUCAAUUCACGGAUUCUGCGCCCUACUACGGCACCGCAUGCUUCAUGACCGGAACGGCCAUGGGAUUGAGGGGAGCGUGGAACCUGCCCAGAGACAGAUUCGUGAGCUUGUUUUGGGCCUGCUUCUGCAUGUGCCUCGGAGCCUGGAUACUGGGCCUGGCAAUUUGGAUUCCAAUGCUUCUCGAUGGCGUUGCCAGCUAUCAGAGCUUUGAUAAUCCUGACGAGAUGUAUUCCCAGAAGACCUUCGCAUGGUCCUCCAAUCAUCUCUUCCAGAUUUUCGGGGCCUGCACCCUGUCG